UGAUCCAAAACCGGACCUUAUCUGCUCGAAAAUGUGCUAACUUAUUGGGUUAGGUUGUUCCUGCACAUGACUGCGUUCGCCUGGCUUCAAUACAUUUGCUUAUUGCUCCAUCUUUAAUGCUCCUUGGAUGCUUCCGUGACAUUAAUUUGACAGUGUGGAUCACGAUGGCCCAGCUGUUGGACGGGGCCGGCAAACUGAGCUGGACUCUGCUCAAGGCUGUGCUCCGUUUUGUGUUUAUGUUCAUCAACAACUGUGUAGCCAUCCCGUCCUACUGCCUAUACCUGCUCGUGCUGCAGCCCCUGAGAAUAUGGCACAGCUCCACGUUCUGGCACCUUGAGGGAGUCAUGUUUAAAUGGCUGCUGGCCAUGGUGUCGUCGUGGGGCUGGAUUGCAGGCUACACUGUAACGGAGUGGGGUGAUGAUGUGCGGCCCAUCUCUGAUGAUGAAGCCAUGGUCAUUGUCAACCAUCAAUCUACGGGAGAUGUGUGUACCCUCAUGAUGUGCCUGCAGGACAAGGGCAUGGUGGUACGAAAAAUGAUGUGGCUGAUGGACCAUGUGUUCAAAUACACAAACUUUGGCCUAGUGUCCCUCAUACACGGUGACUUCUUUAUUAGACAGGGAAAAGCCCACCGAGACAAACAGCUGGUCUAUCUGAAGGAUCACCUUGACAAAUAUUACCAUAGCCGCGACAGGAAGUGGAUAGUGCUGUUCCCCGAAGGAGGAUUUCUCCGCAAACGGAGGGAAACCAGCCAGAUAUUUGCCAAAAAGCAUUCGUUACCCCACCUGACCCAUGUCACGCUGCCUCGCCUUGGUGCCACCCACGUCAUCCUGAAGACCCUAUCAGCCCAACAUGAGAAUGGAAGUGUGGGCAAUGACAGCGGAACCCCCAACCAGACAGGUAAAAAGCGCAAAGGCCUGCAGUGGGUGAUAGAUGUGACUAUUGCUUAUCCCAAAGCACGACCCAUGGACAUCCAGACAUGGAUUUUUGGAUAUAGGUCAGCAACAGUCACACAUGUUCACUACAGGAUGUAUCCUAUUAAAGAGGUUCCUGUAGAAGAGCAAGCUCUGACGGACUGGCUAUAUCAGAGGUUUGUGGAGAAAGAAGACUUGCUGGCGCACUUCUAUGACACAGGGGCGUUCCCACCACCCGAGGGCCAGAAGGAAGCAGUCUCCCGGCAAAUGACCCUGGAUCCCGUGUGGCUGUGCGCCAUCCAGUCGUUCGCUUUCGUCUCUGGCUACAUGUGGUACAGCCUCUUGCGGCACCUCUACUGCGUUAUGUUUUGAGUACGCCGUCAAUAAAAGCAGGAAAGAAGCGCCUCGGGAUCCGCCGUUGUCAUGCUUUGGAUGAAUGUACAUUUUUGAAUUGCGCGGCGAGACUAGAGAUGGGGGGAGUGACACAAAAAAUCAUGUAUAAGACGUGUAGACAAACAGAAUUACAGCCCUGACACUACACAUGAUCUCUCACAUCACAACUCUCAUGUUGAUGUUUACACAUAGGCCGUCACACAGUCAUGCAUUCAAGAGGCUCAGGACCAAGGACUGCUAUAGUUUCACGGUGUGUGUAUGGACAUGUGCGGGAGUAGAAGCUUUGAGUCUGCCCUUUAGCCUUUUCUGACGCCCAAUGGACGUCUCGAAGCAGCUGUAUGGACGCUCCCUUUUCCCCUUGGCCCACAUUGCACUAAGGAUCCAAACUGCUCCCUGUCCCAGGAUUUAUUCCUGAAUGGUAGCUGCCUAUGUAUGUAUUUUUUUUUUUUUUCUUUAGCCUGCGCAUUUCCACAACGACAGCCAGCACAUUUGAUGUCUUUUCGUUGUGGUCUGGACUGUUUACAUUAGCGAGUCUGCGCUAUGUCAAACACUGUUAAACUUGUGUGGAAACACAGAUCACCUGAAAAGCAACUCAUGUGGACUCCUGUUUGGUCAUGUACAUGCGUGGACUCGCAGCAUUGCGCAUAUACAAGGAUAAUCAUCUCAAAAAGGACUUAAAAGGCUUUGACUUUUUUUUGUCAUCCCUCAUCAAACAGCAUAAUUUUAGUUAUUUAAAACAUGCUCAAUGUUGUCCACAAACGCAAGGGAACAUAAUUGUUUGUGCUGAAUGCUUUUCACAGCAUUCAAAAAAAUUAUGACCGUUCACUUUGGCUUUAAGAAGUGUAGGCAUUGAUAGAGUAAGGUGAAGUGUUAAAAUGUGGGUGCCCCAGAUCCCAUCUCUUUUUUUUUAUUGAACCCCACCCCCCCACCCCACCCCAGUUAAUGUGCUUUUAUGUGUUGUUACUGUGUGACGUCAAAUGGUGGAGAUAAUUCAUGAAACAUGAUUUCAUUUUAAAUGACAGAAUAUCCUCUGUACAUAACAAACUUCAAAAAGCAAUUGUCAGGCACCUGUCUGUGAAUAAUUCAGAUAUAUUUUCUUUCUUUUUAGGAAGAAAAUCCUAUUUUGUUUACUUCUCAUUCAUACACUGUUGUUGUUUUAAUUGUAUUUUUUUUUUCUGUUCCUAAGCAGGAAGUUCUUUGUAACACCGCCCAAGCUUAGUAUCAUGCCAAACAUGUUGAGUCAUGAAGAUGCAGCGUGAACUCUUAUUUUUUGUUGUUGUUGUUGUUGUUGUUCAACGCUUUUGCCGAUACCUAUAGACAGGGUUUCCUAAAUCGUUGUCAGCUCAAGUCCUGAAUUCUUUUGGUACCAAAUGGACUAAAACUUUAUCAUACAUUGUCAUAUUGCGAACAUAACACCAAUGAUUACUAGCCCAGUAUAUUAGUUGUUUUUUGAACAACAAUCAUCCAUUGCAAAGAAUGGUGUGUCAUGAUUUUUUCCCCCCCACAUUUUGACACUUACGACCCAAAUUAAAUGAACAUCGACACUAUUUUUUGGGAAACCCUGCCUGAAAGAUCACAUUCCCUAGUGAUUUUGUUUUCCUAAGGAAAAACAAAAUAUGUAUUUGGAAUUUGGAUAAAUAGUUAGGAAGGGGUCAAGGUGAAAUUAGCCCAGCGAAGACGGAAAUUAGGCCAGCAAAGACGGGAAGCACACUAAAAUAUUUUCUUUUCAUUAUGAAAUCACUUGCUUCAUUUUUUAUUUUUAUUUUUUGGGCUUUUAUUAAGACAAUUCUUCUUAGAUGUGCGGCAUUCAUCAUUGCAAUUAGAAAUGCUUUGGAAAAACUUUUUUUUUUUUGCUGGCCCCUUGUUUUUUUUGUUGUUGUUGUUGUUGUCAAUUUUGGUAGAAAAAAUAAAAAUAAUAAUAAAUUGAAAAAAAGAAGCACCAACUUAGCUGGUAAAACAUUUGAAAAUCUGUGUCAUUCACUUGCCCUUAUCAGUUUUUCCCCCCCUCGACCGUGUAUCCAAAGAAGGCAGGGAAAGUGAUGUUUUCCUAAAUGUGGUUUUAGGAGAUAAACACAAUAGGGUUUAAAACAAAUGAUACUAGAACUGUCUGUAAUUUCCCAUUUUGUACUUCUCCUUUAAAUUCAUAGUUACACAGCCAUUUUACAACACAAACCUGUGCUGGAAUAAAACAUCAA